CCGUGCCAGGUAAAGCUGUCAGUGAUCGUACUACUUCGCGAUUAUAUAUUGCAUAUUUCAGCACAAGUGUUCCGAUGUUUCGAUGGAUUGUGUGUGUCGUUACUCUUCAUGCAAUAGGUCACUGAUCGUUGCAAACACCGCAAGCAGUCCCGCUAAACUUGGAAUGUAUUGCUUUCAUGAGUGCUACAUUUAUAACUUUCAAUCGAAGGGAGACAUAUUCGCGUUUCAGCACAUCUCAACUAACUUUCAUGUGCUAAACUUGCAAAAUGUGUUGAUGAAGCGCGUUCGUCAGUGGAUCCUGGAACGAUUGCCACCGUCUGUAGAUACACUAAAGAUAGGAAACUCCAACAAACUGAAAUGGAUCAGUGUUCCGCAAGCACUGCGCUACUUACAUGUCCGAUACAGCGGUUUGAGAAGGAUCGAUAUAGCUGCCAACAGCUCAUUAAGCAUACUCCAUAUUUUUAGCAGUGACAAACUAAUGAAAGUUCCGCCUGCUAUUAAAAAUGCACCUAAGCUGGAGUACUUGAGGCUGCGUGAGUGUGGCUUGCGUAUGAUUGACUUGGCCACAUUUUGUAAUCACGCUUACUUGAGUGAGCUGCGUUUGGACAGCAAUAAGAUACGGUACAUUGUGAACACGGCGAAGAGCAACUGUAGUUUCUACAAUUCAUUUACUCGGCUGGUGAUGUCGCGAAAUAUGCUUACCACUGUAAAUGUGGAGCUGUUCAAUGUGUUUGCCAAUUUGAGAACUUUAAAUUUAAAAAUGAAUAGAAUUACAUCACUAUCAGGUCGGUUGGUGGCUCGCUAUUUGGAUCAAUUUGGGGUCGAUAGAAAUAAGCUCGAACAAGUAGACCUGUGCGGUUGGGAUGUGCCAUCGAUGGAAACGGUUGUAUUUGCCUCAAACGAUCUUACUACACUGCCGGAAUGCUUAAAUAAUUGGACGAGUGUUUCACAGCUUUUACUGCAGCAUAACAAGUUAACGAAUUUCAGUAUCGAAAGUGUGGCGGGAUGGAACAAUCUAACCAGCUUAACUUUAUCAUGCAACAAGCUUACCGAUAUUGUGUUGAGCAGUGUGCACUUUCCUAAAAAUCUUGCAUCCCUUGAAAUCAAUCAAAAUUAUCUCACCACGCUCGAUUUGUCUUUCGUACCGGUCCGAUCGUUGAGGGUAUCAGUGAAUUUUAACCUGAUUUCAAGUUUCGAUGUGAACAACAUCUCUCCAAAUGUCACACGUCUAUCGAUGAUGGGAAACCCGGUUGAUUGUUCACGGGAAACAGAGCUGGAACAAUUGUAUGGCGAAUGCAUCAGGCAUGAUGCAUUCACUCUGGAGCACAACCAGCAAGCAAAAAUUUGUAACGCUCCAAAAACCACGGAUUAUUAUAUUUAAAUGGAUUUGCGAUAAUCCAGGCUAUGUUUCAUAUGCAUUGUUAGUACU